CCUGAUUCCACAAGAACAUGAACUGUGUGUCGUCUCUUAUCUAUGCUUUCAAUCACAAUUACUUUUGGCGGGUCAACAAGUCAACACCGGUGAUUAAGCAGAAAAGACAUAAAAUCAAACGCGUCAUUUGAUAGAAGUUUCCUUACUAAACCGCUACACUUCCCCGCCACAGAAAAAUAAGAAGAAAAUUUGGAUAACUAAAUAGAAACUUUUUUUUCAUUCUUCUUCUCCAUUUCAGUUUCGACAUGGUUAUUCAAACUUCACUUCUGUUCUUCUUCACACUUCAUCUAUCAGUAACAGUUGUAACUUCAGCAAAAUUAACUAUAAUUAACCAAUGCAAUUACACGGUGUGGCCAGCCUUAUACUCUACCGAUGAAGCCAGUGAAUCACCCACCGGAUUCAUUUUAAAACCCGGCGAGAAUUCCAUAAUCACAACCUCCGAUAAAUGGACCGGCCGCUUAUGGGGCCGGACUCUCUGCACAACAGAUUCCACCACCGGAAACUUCUCCUGUGUCACUGGCGAUUGCGGCUCAGGAAAGUGGGAAUGUGACAGAAGCGGAUCACCGCCUUUGACGCUGGCGGAGUUCACUUUGAACGGUCCCACCAGUCAAGACUUUUACGAUGUCAGUUUAAUUAACGGUUAUAACGUUCCAUUGAAUAUUGUCCCAUUGGAUAGUUCUGGAGUGUGUAACAGUACGGGUUGUCCAACCGAUCUGAACGCGGUGUGUCCGACGGAGUUGAAGCUAAUGAAAAAUGGGAAAUUCGUGGCGUGUCGGGGUCCCUGUGCUGUUGGGAAUCAUUCAACUGCAGAGACAUGUGGGCCGAGUUUUUAUUCUAAGAUUUUCAAGAAGGCGUGCCCUGAAGCCUUUAGCUAUCCGGAGGAUUCGGCCAGCACGUUCACAUGUUCCGCGACCGAUUACCAGGUCGUCUUUUGUCCCUCCAAUAACACCAGCUUAAAUUCAUUAGAUCAAGGUGGCAGUGUAAGUGUUGGCGAGUCACUUACUGCUGGUGGUGGAACAACUCGAUGGCUCUCUCCUUCUGGAGAUUUUGCAUUUGGAUUUUACCAAAUUCCUGGUGAGCUUUUCUUACUAGCUAUAUGGUAUGACAAGGUACAAACUGAUGCAGUCAUUUGGUAUGCGAAUGGAGAUAGCCCUGCACAGAAGGGUUCAAGAUUGGUAUUAAAUGGCUCUAGUGGCUUAGUGCUUACGAACCCUCAAGGUUUAGAGAUAUGGAGAUCGGAUUUCAGAUCAGGUACAAUUUUUAAAGGUAUAAUGAAUGAUGAUGGAAACUUUCAAUUGCAAGACAAAAACUCCGGCACAAUUUGGGACAGUUUUAGUGAUCCUACAGACACAAUUGUGCCUAAUCAGGUAAUGGAGUUAAAUGGAAAUCUUUCUUCACGACAAGGAGCGUUUAACUUCUCACGUGGAAGGUUUAAACUUCAUCUACAAGAGGAUGGGAAUCUUGUGCUUAAUCUUAUAAAUUUGCCGAGCAACUACAGUUACUAUCCUUACUACAGUUUUGGCACUAGUGAUGCUAAGAAUCAAACAAAUGUUGGCCAACGAUUGAUGUUUGACAGAUCAGGUUUCUUAUACAUUGAGAAAAAAAGUGGAGAUAAUUUUUCUAUAAGCAACCAGAACGGGACAUUCUCAACCGAUAAUUUCUACUACAAGGCAACAAUUAAUUAUGAUGGAGUUUUCACCAUAGCAUUUUACCCUAAAGAUCCAAAAAGAGGACAGAGUUGGGUCAUUGCGAAAACGAUACCAGAAAACAUAUGCUUGUAUUCUACAUUCACAGACGGUGAAGGUGUAUGUGGGUUUAAUAGCAUUUGCACCCUUACAAAUGACCAAAGGCCGAAUUGUACCUGCCCAGACGGAUAUUCUCUAAUUGAUUCAAAUAACGUUUACGCUGGCUGCAUACCGAAUUUCCAAGUCAUUUGUCAAGCAGGUAGGAACAAGGGUUGGCAAGAUGAUAUGUAUACAAUGAAGGAAUUGCCAAAUACCGAUUGGCCUAAAUCUGAUUAUGAAAUAAUCAGUCCAUCUACUUUGCCAGAAUGUAAGGAAUCAUGUUUGCAAGAUUGCUUAUGUGUUUUGGUUUCUUUCAACCAAAGUUCUUGCUGGAAGAAGAAACUCCCACUAUCCUAUGGAAGAAAUGAUCAGGUAGUAAAAGGAAUUUCUGUCAUGAAAUUGAUGAAAAAUGAUCCUUUUACAUCCUUGCCAAAUCAAAAGAAACAUCAUGAAACAUUGAUUAUUGUGAUUUCAGUUCUUUUAGGAAGCUCUGUGCUUGUCAUUUUGACAUUACUCGGGGCAAUGUUUUUUGGGUUUCCUUACAACCGCAAGAAGAUCAAGAGUUUUAGAACCAACAAAAAUGUUGUUGACACUAACCUGCGUAAUUUUAGUUUCAAGGAAAUCGUUGAAGCAACAAGUAACUUCAAAGAAGAACUUGGAAGAGGGUCUUGUAGCAUUGUGUACAAAGGAACAAUAGAGAUGAUGGUCAAUGUAGCAGUUAAGAAACUGGAUAAAUUGCUUCAAGAUAGGGAUAAGGAAUUUCAGACUGAAAUGAGUGUGAUAGGACAAACUCAUCACCGCAACCUUGUCCGACUUCUUGGAUAUUGCAAUGAAGGACAACAUCGGAUUUUGGUAUACGAGUUAAUGAGCAAUGGAACUUUAGCAAGUUUCAUUUUCACAACUUUAAAACCAAAUUGGAACCAACGGUUCCAGAUUGUUCUUGGAAUCGCAAGAGGUCUUGUUUACUUGCAUGAGGGAUGUUGCACCCAAAUCAUCCAUUGUGAUAUUAAACCGCAAAAUAUACUUCUGGAUGAUCAAUACAAUGCUAGGAUUUCAGAUUUUGGAUUAGCGAAGCUAUUGCUGAUUAAUUAGAGCCACACCGAAACUGGAAUUAGAGGAACCAAAGGGUAUUUUGCACCGGAUUGGUUUAGGAGUGCACCAAUCACUGCAAAGGUUGAUACUUAUAGUUUCGGUGUAUUGUUGUUAGAGAUCAUUUGUUGUAGGAAAAAUGUAGAGAAGGAAUUCGUCAAUGAAGAACAAGGGAUUUUAACUGAUUGGGCUUAUGAUUGCUAUAAGGCUAAAAGACUUCACAAUCUCUUAGAAAAUGAUAAUGAGGUCGGAAAUGACACGAUGAGUUUGGAAAAGUUAGUCAGGAUUGUUAUUUGGUGUAUUCAAGAAGAUCCUUCUCUUAGGCCAACAAUGAAAGAGGCUUUACUGAUGUUGGAAGGAAUUGUUGAAGUUGUGGCUCCCCCAAGUCCCUAUCUCUAUGGUUCUGUAAGUUGUAAUUAAAAUCCGUUUCUUUUGAAUCGGAUUUUAGCAUUGUCUAUUGUAUUAUUUUCUUAAUACAAUUGAACAUUUAGCUUUUAUUCAUAUUGAUUUCUCACAUCACACAGAAAUUAAAUGUUUUAUUACAAAGCUAUGUUUUGCUUUUCCUUUUGCACUUAACAAAUAAGGUGUCUAGUGAUUCAGACAGAUAUUAAGAGCAUGAUUUUCCCUGUACUGAUUAUGGUGAUCCAUUGAUUAGAAGCAUCAUGUUUCACAUAUCUUCUGAGUUUCAAUUAGCAUAGUUAGUAAAAUUGAGUUUUUCUAUGAAAAUUGAACACUAAAACCUUCAUACAAUAACAUUUUCAUAUGUUAAGACUCAAGAUUGUUGUGUUUAUAAGUUGAAAAGAAGGUGCAGCAGCUCCAAUCAAGUUGCUGCAGCAAGUGUUGCGAUUAAUUGGUUACUAACGGUCAAAUAUAUUUUUCUGGUUUAUAAGAAUAUUAAAGUUGCACCGUACUUUUUAUGUUUUUAUAAAAUAUAAAACUAUUUCUUUAACUAUUAUAAUUGUUUAUAUUUCUAAUAUAAUAAAAAAGUAUAUAUUAAUUUGUUGUUUUUAAUUACACUGGAUAAAAGAAAUAGGAAUUGCUUUCACUUGAUUUUCAAAGUUUUCUUUUUACACAAUCUUACUUAGGAAUCUGUUGAAGGAACUAAGAAUGUCAUAAGAAUGUCACAAGAUGAGCCGACCAAUAUUUUUGUGGACAACAAUUUAGUUUUAGUUUUUACAAAGAAUCUAUUAUUAAUUCCAUGAUCAUAGCAAGCACAUUGAUAUCCUUAAUCAAUACACUAUGAAGUGUAUAGAAAGAAAUAAGAGGAGGGAUCAAAUUACACCCGAAGAGUUACACCACGAGUUACACUCAUU